CACCCUCAUCUUCUGAUCUUUACCCUGCCUUCAUGCCGUCGUCCACGCCGUCUGCGCCAGCGGCCAACGGUGCACCAGACAGAAGCGACAUGUCGGCAUUCCUGAGGAGACAGCCCACUUUCACUGUUCUUCACCCACCUCUCCCGGACGACGUUGAGAAGGACAUGGAUCACGAGGAACACUUCAUGGACUCUAACACCGCCGACUUGCUCGCCGUCAUUGACGCUUGUCUCCACAACCUGCACGACGUUCGUCGCGCGCGCGACAUCUUCGAGCGUAUGCGCCAACAGAAGCCUGGCGAUCCAGCGCUCAGUGUGCGGCUAUUCAACCACUUCCUGCUCGCAUAUAUGGACAUGGGAUACACGAAAGAUGUACAAAAGAAGGAGAUUUGGGUAGACGAUUUCUGGUCGCUCUUUACGGUGUUGGAGAAACGGACUGAGAAGGUCGCGCCGUCAGCGUCGAGUUACGCGUUGGCUCUCUUAGCUUGGCACAGAUUUUCAUCCAAGGAAGACUCUCCCUUCUUUGUCGAGUUCGCCACGAAUCACACACCGGCUACCCUCCUCCGUCAAAUCGUCGACCGCGAAAUCCCUAUCUCCAUGGUCAUCGCUGACAAGGCUUUUACCUCAAGCGAAGAGGCCGAAACUAUCAUUCACGCCCUCUCCAGAGCUGCCGUAGAGCUCAAUCUUUCAAAAGUCGUGACGGAGCUCGGCAUGGCGGAGCAGUGGGGCAGCUCGAAAUAUGAUCCACUGGCAGACGUUCCCGAAGUGAAGCCUGUGUUGGUGACGAAAAAAAAGGCUUUGGAAGGUAUGCUCGACGGCAAAUCAAAGUCGCUAGAUGUGGACGAGGAGCAGAACGCCUCCGAUACCGAAGUCCCCUUCAACCUCGAUAUCCUCCGAAAGCAUCUUACCAACGUCCAACUCGCCCGUCGUGUCCUCCCCGACGACGUCACCGCACGCCAAAAGCUCCUCGAAGAAUCCGUCUACGACGUCGCCGUAGAGCGUCUGAGACGACAGGCCGAGCUCUUUGAGCAGUUGAACUUGACAGACGGGCAGCUCAACCAGUCGGACCUGCAGCACUGGAUGUGGAACUGGCACAAAAGGCUGAGGGAGAGGUUGACUCGGGAUAUCACGGCGGUCUUGGCGGAGGAGGAUCGGGUGCCUACUGGUGCGAGGCCAAAAGGAUAUGCGGACGCCUUUAGCCGUCUAGGUCCUUUCCUGAGCCUCCUCAAGCCCGAGAAACUCUCUCUUAUAGUUAUUCUUGAGGUCAUGCGUCUUCAAUCUUCCGGUGGAAUCUCCGGCGGCAUGAAGACGACUCGCGCUCUCCUAUCCGUCGGUAUGGCCGUUGAGCACGAGUACAAGGCCGAGAUGUGCAAGAAGAACAAAAUUCAAAUGCCCACUGUCGGCACCCGCGAAACGUCUGGCUUCUUCUCCAAGUUCUCCUACAACGACCUGCACGCGCGUCGCGUCACUGCACGCCGGUACAUGGAAGACGGAGAGGAAUGGACGUCUCAGUGGACGCAGCCCGUUCGUAUCAAGGUCGGUAGCUUCCUCGUCGAUCGUUUGAUGGAGUGCGCCAUGGUCGAACGGACGGCUCCGGAUCCAAAGAAUCCGGGAAAUAUCUUGCGGGAGGAGCAGCCGGCCUUCUUCCAUUCGUAUGAAUAUAUCAGAGGAAAUAAGUUGGGCGUGUUGAAGUUGAACCAGGUGGUACAGGAGAAGUUGGGGAGGGAUGGCGUGAGGGAGACGUUGCAUCCGCGUCACUUGCCAAUGUUGGUGAAGCCGAAGCCAUGGUUAAACUACAACGACGGUGGUUAUAUCUAUAACAAAUCCCUCGUCAUGCGGUUCAAGGAGUCUAAGGAACAGGAGACGUAUCUCAAGCACGCCUCAGGGGUGGGCAACGUCGAACUUGUCUACGCAGGUCUCGACGUACUCGGAUCUACGCCUUGGAAAAUCAACCGAGGUGUCUUCGAUGUCGUUCUCGAAGUUUGGAACUCUGGCAAGGGGCUGUGCAAGGUCCCUUCAGCGGCCUUUGAAGAGCCAGAACCGGAGAGGCCAGCGAACAUGGAGGUCGACCAGAACGGGAGAACGAUCUAUCUUACGCGUCUCCGUGCUUGGACGCAAGCCAAGGCGAAUCACCACUCGGAUCGAUGCAGUGUCAACUAUAAGAUUGAGAUUGCUCGUGCUUUCAUCGGCGAUACCUUCUACCUCCCACACAACCUGGACUUCCGUGGCCGAGCAUACCCCCUUCCACCGCAUCUGAACCACAUCGGUAACGAUCUCUCCCGUGGCCUUCUUCUCUUCGGCGAGUCCAAGCCUCUCGGAGCUCGCGGCUUGCGCUGGCUCAAGAUCCACUUGGCGAACUUGUACGGAUACGACAAAGCCACCUUCGACGAGCGUGUCGAAUUCGUCCAUGAACGACUUGACGAGAUCUACGACAGCGCAGAUAACCCGCUUACCGGCCGUCGUUGGUGGAUACAGGCCGACGAUCCUUGGCAGUGUCUCGCGACUUGCAAGGAGUUGAAGGCCGCGCUCACUUCGCCGGAACCUGAGGCGUAUGAGUGUUCGCUCCCGGUACAUCAGGAUGGUACUUGUAACGGGUUGCAGCAUUAUGCUGCACUUGGUGGUGAUGCUGCCGGUGCUCGUCAGGUCAACCUCGAUGUUGCGGAUCGACCUUCGGAUGUGUACACGUAUGUGGCGAAUAUGGUGGAGGAUUUGUUGAAGGCGGAUGUUGUUGCUGGGAACAGGUUUGCGCAGAUGUUGUCAGGCAGAGUAGCUAGGAAGGUGGUCAAACAGACGGUCAUGACAACUGUGUAUGGUGUGACGUUCAUCGGGGCAAGAGAACAGAUCGAGAAGCAGUUGAAAGAUAGCCCGUACGUACCCAAAGAGGACGCAUACAUGGCUGCUGCCUACCUCGCCAAGAAGGUGAUGCUCGCCAUCGGUGAUCUCUUCUCCGGCGCUCAGUCCAUCAUGAACUGGCUUACCCUCUCCGCCCGCCUCAUCGCCAAAUCCGUCCCGGAAGACCGACUGAACGCCGCCAUGCAACCCUACGAGCCCAAAUUCAAAUCGAAGAAGAAUGCCGCGGUGGCCACCAGGCUGCAGAAGGAGCAGAUGACUUCCGUUGUUUGGACGACACCGCUGGGAUUGCCUAUCGUACAGCCUUACAGGAAGAUCAAGCGAAAGCAGAUCAUGACGAGCUUGCAGACGGUGUUCAUCUCGGAUCCGAAUGUUCCUGCUAGUGUUGAUUCGAACAAGCAGGCCACUGCGUUCCCUCCGAAUUUCAUCCAUAGUCUGGACGCCACCCACAUGCUGUUGACCGCUCUUGAAUGCCGGACCCAAGGACUCGCUUUCGCCUCCGUCCACGACUCUUACUGGACUCACCCCUGCGACAUCGACCAAAUGUCAGGCAUCAUCCGGGACACCUUCAUCGCCCUGCACUCUUCCGACGUCCUCGCCCGUCUCGACACCGAAUUCCGCGAACGCUACAAAGGCUACAAAGUCCCUGUGAUUUCCCUUCGUACCAUGCAGAUGAUGAAGUCGCUCGGUAUCAGCGAUAACACGUCUGAUGCGCUCGCUGCUAUCGAGGGCGCUGACGAGGAUGAGUUGGCUGGGAAGGCGGCGGCGACGUUCAAGGUGGGCGUGCAGCCAACCGCUGCUGCUGCGUUGACGUCGAAGGGGACGUCGAAGAGACGCAGGAAGGCGGCGGCGGCUGAGGAGGAGGAUGAGGAGGCAGAAGAGGCCGAAGAGGCAUUGAUGGAUGCGGAUGAAGAUGUGGACGAAUCUGAGGACCCGUCUGUCGAGCUCGGAGGGUCGGAGAAUGGGGAGCACGCCUUCGCCGCUGGAUCGGACCCUGCGUCGUCGACGGCGAUGUCCAAAGCCGACCUGAAGAAGCUGAUCGCGCCGGGAAGCGGUGGGAAGCGGAAAGGACGAAAUACGUUGUCUGAGAAUCAGGCUUUGGCGGCGGCUGGGGAGAAGAAGAGAAAGGAGAUGGGCAUUGCUUCGUUCGAGGGGAAGUUUGUGGACCUGACGGCGUUGUUGCCGCCGUUGCCGAAGAAGGGAGAGUUUGAUGUGAGCAAGAUCAAGAGUUCGCUUUAUUUCUUCUCGUAAGCGGAGAACUCUCCGCUCUUCGUCGGCUUCCCUUUGCUGGGUCUUGCAUUGCGUGGCUUUGCUACCAAUUCUUCAUUUCAUAUACUCGCUCCUGCUGUUUCUUUUGUCGUUGACCCAUCCAUCUGUUCAUCGUGCUUUCUCGCUACCCUACGUUACGCAUGCAUAGCCCCCCUCGUCCAUAGCUCGUCUCUCGUCAGUCACUUACUCUGCCGCCCAUCGAACCACACCAACCUCGACCAUGGUCUCUUUUAUUGUAUCUACCUACCGUACAUGCAUCUUUUCCACUUACUCGAUCGUCGCACCGGCUCCUACGCAACGCAAGCCCCCUCUCACGCACACAUCGCACAACACGCUUAGUACUAAUCCCCCUUCUGCUCGACUUAUUGUAUUUUUCGCCCUAUUCGUUUCUUUCUUUUUGCGCUGUCCUCCGUGGGCCUGCACCCACCUCGUCCAUCUUCAGGCUGCUCUGCGGUAAGUGCGGUUGCUUUGCUUUGAUUGUCUGUCGACAUAGUAGAUAUAGUUACGCUUUCAUGCAUACGGUGCUUGGCUUGGAAUAGACAGCAUUUGCAUGGUUGGGUUUACUCCUCCACUCUUACUCAAUGCCAAACAAGUG